GUCUUUGUGCGUAACAGUGUGAUUGAUUUUUCUCCGUCCAUGGUGAACUUUGUACUUGGUUUAGCUGAAGGUUCUUCACUUGCUCCUUUGAAUGAUGAUCUUGAUGAAGUUGCUCAUACCCUAACUGGUGGGAAACAUAACAAAUGGCUUGCUUCGGGAUUGUUUGAGAAGAGUUUAACUCCGCUCGCAAAUGCUUUACAGAAAAUAGGGGCGUCGAACUGGACAUCUACCUCUCACAAACAGUUUGUGACCCCCACGCAGGCUCUCCACCGAAUCAUGGUGGACACGGGGGCGUACUCAAGCAUCUUAUACUGGACCGCAUUCCUUAAAAUGGGGAUAGACCAAAGCGAACUGCGCCCAUGCAACGACCGCAUAACUGGAUUCAACGGACAAGCAACCAUUCCCGAAGGAGAAAUCACAUUACCAAUCGAGCUCGGGGGAUCAGGAGCAAACGGACGCAGGAUCAUGGAAACUUUCAAAGUGGUGAAAACGGCCAGCGAGUACAACGCCAUCCUCGGGCGAAAGGCCUUAUACAAGCUGAAGGCGGUCGUAUCAAUCUUCCACUAUUCGAUCAAAUUCCCAACUGAGAACGGCACGGGAGUCCACUACGGCAACCAAAGGGAAGCAAGGGAGUGCAUCAUGGCGAUCCCGUCAUUAGAAAUACACUCGGUCAUGAUGGCGAACAAGGAGGAGAAACCGAUCGACGAACCAGUUGCAGAGCCCAAGCGGUCAAACGAGCAGGAAGUUUCGUCCGAACGGCCAGACAACAGUGCGGCCAAAGGAUACACAAACGGACGAAAGAGGAUGAGGGAAGAACCGAUCGAGGGCCCAGAAGAGGAAGACAAGUACCCUAUGCCUACGUCAUCAAGCGCAAACACACUUUCACCCCCGAGAGACGGACAAGACGGAAAAGAAUCGGAGGCCGAUCAAUCCACCCAAGAGGAGAACGAUUCGUGCGAAGAGGAGGAUCGAACGAUAGACCGGGGACGUCGACCAGGGAAGGAACCAAUCGAAGAAAAAGACGAACGGGACCCCCGAGAUCAAUUCAAAGAAAAGAAACCCGAACGGGCCGAACCAAGCGAAGACACGGAGACGAUCUAUCUUGAUGAACCAGCCUGCACCAAGUCAUUGCGCAUCGGACGCAACAUGGGCGAACCCAUCCGGUCCAGGUUAAUUACUUUUCUAAUCAAAAACGCAGAUGUCUUCGCCUGGACGCAUGAAGAUAUGGUGGGGAUCGAUCCAAGCUUAGCAUGCCAUAGCCUUCGGGUUGACCGAACGGUAAAUCCAAUCGUGCAGAAAAGAAGGAAGUUGGGACCAGAACGACAAGGAGCGCUCGAGGGGGAAGUAAUAAAGCUGAUUGACAACAGGUUCGUUCGCGAAGCCAAGUACCCAGUUUGGGUAUCCAAUCCGGUCCUGGUAAAGAAGAGCAGUGGAACGUGGCGACUAUGCGUCGACUUCAGCGAUCUCAAUCGGGCCUUCCCCAAAGACAGUUAUCUGUUGCCCAGCAUCGAUUACAUGGUAGACGCGAUGUCCGGACACGAACUCAUGAGCUUCAAGGACGCCUAUUCGGGAUAUCACCAGAUCCCGAUGGACCCGAACGAUGAGGAGCACACAUCUUUCUAUUCGGCCAGAGGACUCUAUUGCUACACCAUGAUGCCAUUCGGUCUCAAGAAUGCCGGGGCAACCUAUCAGAGGCUCGUGAAUAAGAUGUUUGCAGAUCAAAUCGGACGAACUAUGGAAGUUUACGUGGAUGAUAUGCUUGUUAAAUCUGUUUUUGCGAACGAUCAUGUGUCACAUCUUAAUGAAAUGUUUUUUAUUUUGCGUGAUUACUCCAUGGUGUUAAAUCCCAAAAAAUGUACAUUCGGGGUAGGUUCGGGUAAGUUUUUAGGAUACAUAGUUAGUCAAGGGGGAAUCGAAGCGAACCCCGACAAGAUUAAAGCAAUACUCGAACUAAAACCCCCUAGGUCGAUAAGAGAAAUGCAAAGUCUAACGGGUAGAUUAGCGGCUUUAAGCCGAUUCAUAUCAAAGUCCACGGACAAAUGUAAGCCCUUCUUCGAGGCUAUUAAAAAGAAUAAAAAAUUCGAAUGGACGGACGAAUGCCAACACGCGCUGGACAACAUCAAGGAGUCACUCGUUCGGCCCCCGGUCCUCCAAAAGCCGAACCCUGGAGAGAUGCUGUAUCUAUAUCUCGGAGUUACCCCGACCGCGAUAAGCGCCGUACUCGUUCGGGAGGAGAAUUUGAAUCAACAUCCGAUCUAUUACACAAGCAAGGCAUUACAUGAAGCUGAGGUCCGUUACCCACAGAUCGAGAAGUUAAUCUUCGCCCUAGUGACGGCUUCGAGGAAACUCAGGCCGUAUUUCCUUGAACACCGGGUGACCGUCUUGUCAGCCUAUCCUAUUCGACAAAUUCUCCACAAGCCUGAUACGUCGGGACGAAUGAUCAAGUGGGCC